UACAUGAAAAACGAUUAAAGAUCACCUUAAUAUUUUUGGAACGUCGCCAAGUGGGCAGGGACACUUACUGCGGAGUAAUCGUGUUCUAAUUCCCGCAAUUGUUGAUUUGAAACUUCAUAGUACAAACACAGAGCCUUGUAUGCUCAGAUAAUAACAAGCCGUCGACUCGCUCGCAACGACGUGGAUUCUCGUACAUUAAACAGCAACAAUGUUUUAGUGUGGAUAUGUUUUCAAAAAAGGAAAAUUUAAAUAUGUUUUCUUGUAAUGGAAAUUCGCCUCAGGAAAAGGACGUGAAAGUACGAGAUAAGGAAAGCUUCACUAAAGCUUACAAUGUUGGCCCAACUCUGGGGAGCGGAGGGUUCGGCACGGUGUACGCUGGAACACGGAAACGAGACAAUAUGCCAGUCGCUAUAAAAUUAAUAGCAAGAGAAAAAGUGAUAGAAUGGGGAUCCAUUAACGGGCAUCAAGUUCCGCUGGAAAUAUGUCUACUAAAAAAAGUGUCAGUGUGUAAUGGAGUUAUAAAAAUGUUUGAGUGGUACGAAAUGAAAAACUACUUUGUGAUAGUGAUGGAAAAGCCUGAGCAUGUACAGGACUUAUUUGACUUUAUCACGGAGAAAGGUGCUCUAGACGAGGAAACUAGCCGAAAAUUUUUCCGACAAAUUGUGGAGACCUUAAUCGCCAUUCAUAAAAACGGAGUAGUUCACAGAGACAUUAAGGAUGAGAAUAUUUUAAUUGACUUGAAAACAGGAGAACUGAAAUUAAUUGACUUCGGCUCUGGGGCUUUCCUAAGAGACACAGUGUAUUUAACAUUUGAUGGAACAAGAGUAUAUAGUCCACCUGAAUGGAUCAAGUUUCAUCGGUACCAUGGUCGCUCAGCCACCGUGUGGUCUCUGGGUAUUCUCUUGUUUGAUAUGGUGUGUGGAGACAUCCCUUUUGAACAAGAUGAGCAGAUCAUGAAAGCCGAAGUUUGCUUCAGGGGCAGACUUUCACAUGAAGCAAAAGAUUUGAUAAGGAAGUGUCUGUCCAUCCGUCCGUCCGAUCGACCCAGUUUAGAGGAUAUCCUAGUUCACCCUUGGAUGGCCCCCACCCCCCUCUCUGUGGAUAAACUUGUCAUUCGCACCCCCUCCAAUAACAAUAUGUCCUCAACAGGUUCUAUGGAUGGCGAGAGUAUGAGCAGCCAAGAAAGCAUAUGACGCUGACAGAAACUUUUAGCCCCCCCAGUAGUGUUCAAAUUAUUUAUUUGUUGGGAGACAGUGAAACUUCAACGAACCAAUGAAAGUGUUCAAUCACUUCCUAUUCCAAGCCUCAGGGAAUUUUUCUCGUCAGAUGGAUAUUGUACCGAAAAAAAAUUCUCCUUUGGACAUUAGAAGAAGGAUUUCUCCAAGAAACUUUCUUAAUUUUAAUGUGAUCAGAAAGAAAUACUGGAUGCCAAAGAUUUCCAAAUGAAAAGAAUUGACAAUUGAAAAAUGACUUUUUUUUUGGAUGAUAACCUCAAAGGUCAAGAAAAAAAUGUCUGUUCAAUUGAUGCUGAAAUAUGCAAAACAAAAUGCUCAAAUAAUGUAUUCAUUUGAAAGGAAAAAAUAAUUUUUUUGUAAGAAAUUGCAAAAAACUAAGGUGUGAGUUCUGAAUAGGAAUUUCACCCACACUGCCAUUCCAAUGCAAGCUAAGCACAGAAGAGGGUACUUUGCAUUGCUGAACAAUUUUCCUCCUUUGAAAGCAUUUUCAAAAAAUGUUUACACAACAGUCUGGUGCUAUCAAAUCUUUUAGCAGCAUAACUUUUUUUUAACAUAUGUAAUUUCAAGUUAGAAAAUCUGACAAGAUGCUCAUGGCAUUAAAUAGACCAUAAGCCCUAUAUUGAAAUUAUAUGCUCUAUCUUUCGACGUUUUGGUUUUUUUAUUCAAAGAAACCAAGGAAAAAAAACUUAACAAAUACUCUUAUCAUUAAAUAUUCUUACAGUAGAUUAAAUCAUUUGACACAAUUCUGCCUUUUUUUUCUGCCCGAUUUUUUUCCCAUAUUUUUUCCCUCAUUCAUUGUUCAGAAAUGCAGACAUUCUCAAUAGAAUUCAUUGACACCGCAUACACCUCAUUAUUCUCGGAUUCAAGUCGGAAUGGAUACUUGUAUCGGAAAGUUUUUCUCAUUUGUAAAUAGCCAUUUUUAAUUUAUUGUAUAAAUGCGUGGAAAAAUUGUUUUUAUAUGGGAAUAGUGUUUGUGAAAAUGCUGAGUUAUAAGCGACAUGAAAUGUCUGUGUGGUUGAGCGGGAGUUAAUUUAUUGAUGGUCAAUAAACCUCAAAUAUUGCAUCAUUGUAUAUAACUUAUUUUUUUAUGAAUGAUAAAUAAAUGGAAAAAAUCCUUGGUUUAAAAAAUAAUAAAAUAAAAUUUGAAUUUUAAAAUUA